CCCAGUGCCAAGGAGGUGCUCUAUUUCUGAGCUACAUCCCUGGUCGUAGGAAAUUUGGAUGUCUAUGUGAUGAAUAGUUGGGAUUUCUCCUGAAGGUACACUAGGGAUUUAGAGUGAGAGAGGAACAUUGCCUCAGUGCACAUGUGUCAUCUUUCAGUACGGGAUUCUGUAUAAAACCAUGUUUCAGGAAAAUUUGAGUAGGUCAUCUGUGUGGAAGCUCCUUCCUCUUUCCUCGUUGUACCUGUAGAAGCAUGGGUCACCAGCAGCUCUACUGGAGCCACCCAAGGAAAUUUGGCCAGGGCUUUUACUCUUGCUGCAUCUGCUCAAACAAACAUGGUCUGAUCCAGAAACAUAAGCUGCACAUAUGCAUCCUGUGUUUCUGUCAGUACAUGAAGGAUAUUGGCUUCAAGUUGGACUAAGUGAUCUUUCUUCGAUGGAUUAUCCAAGACCAUCCACUCAAUGAAAGAGACCAUGUUAACUCUUUGUACAUAAAAUUAAAAAUUGAAAAGUUUAAGCAAAAUAGAGUGGCUAGAUGAUGUAAAGAACAAUAACAUAAGAUUGAUCAAAGUCAGUAAAAAAGGAUAGUGCAAACAACAUAAGCAUGGAAAGAAAAUCUGACAUACAGAUAAGUGAGGCAUA